GGUUUUAGGAGAGUUUAGAAAGAGCGCACACACACACAUUAUGGUGCGUCGUGGAGAGGCAGGGACACCGGUAACGUGGAGCUCGCUUGCGCCAGGUGUUGGACGGCUAUUAGGAGACGACAUGUCGACGGUGUAGGUGAUAUUUCAAACUAACGCAGGUAUUUGUCACACCUUUCGUUUUAUCGCGUAGCGAAGAGGCUUGUUUUUACAUGCGGUCCGUCUGAUUUUGGAUACCGGAGGGGGGCGGGAGAGCGAGCAACAAGUGGAGUUUUGGUUUGGUGGAGGAAAUUUCGUCGUACCAUGGAAGAGCAAAAGGACCCGAACAGCGGCCGGGACUCGACCGAGGAGGAGAGCAUGUCCCUGUCGCCGAACCUCCCGUCUCCUCCGAUGAUUUUGCCCCAUCAGGCGGCUCAGCAGGGCCACAGAACCACGAACUUUUUCAUCGAUAACAUCCUCCGGCCGGACUUCGGCUGCAAAAAGGAGGCGGGCUGCCGAGAGAGGGGCCAGACGCCCGGCAGGGAGAACGUCAACCCGCUGGUGGCGAGGCCGCCCCACGCCGGCAGCCUCUGCCUGGACUCCAACUGCAGCAGCGACAGCACCUCUUCCUCCUCGCCCUCUUCCUCCUCCUCGUCGUCGACGUCUUCCUCGCCUUCGUCCAAGCAGAACUCGUCGAAACAAGGCGAGCCGGCGGGCAACGGGACUGCCAGAUACGCAGACAGCCCCUCGUCAAUUAUGGUUAUGAGCGGCAGCAAUGGAGGCUCUCCGACGCCUGCCAAGGAAACCCAGCCGCUGUUAUGGCCCGCUUGGGUUUACUGUACACGGUACUCGGACCGGCCCUCAUCUGGCCCGAGGACACGGAAACUGAAAAAGAAGAAAAACGAAAAGGAGGACAAGCGGCCCAGGACGGCGUUCACGGCCGAGCAGCUGCAGAGACUGAAAACGGAGUUCCAGGCCAACCGGUACAUAACGGAGCAGCGGAGACAGUCUCUGGCCCAGGAACUCAACCUGAACGAGUCCCAAAUUAAAAUCUGGUUCCAGAAUAAGCGGGCGAAAAUUAAAAAGGCCACCGGCUACAAGAACGGGCUGGCCCUGCAGCUCAUGGCUCAAGGACUUUACAACCAUUCAACCACCACCGUGCAGGAAGACAAGGACGACAGUGAAUAGGAGCCCGGACACUUGGGGCUGCCGCCUGCCUCUCCCAGCUUUUGGAGAUUAAAAACAAACAAACAAAAAAACAACUACACAAAACACCAUUUGGACUGGAAGUGGGGGAAACACGCUAUUUAAAAAGAACAGAUUUCUGUUUUAUGGCAACAGUAUAUGGAUAAUGGACACAAUUAUAUAAAUGAACGAGCGUUAUUAAAGUUUAUAUAGCCACACAGUUAUCAUGUUGUAUAUAUUUAAUUUCAGGUAAGGGAUGCAUAGGCUAUCUCUCAUAAGAUCCCUACUUGCUGGAGAUUUUUAUCUUUUCUUUAUAUUAUAUUAUAAUGUCGCUCAUUGUUUUUAGUACGUGUCUAAUUGGCUCUAGAUUUUGUGGUCUCUGUCCGCCCCCACCCCCCCACCCCAUGUUUGCGCCAUAUUUUUCUUCAACACAUCAUUUCACAGA